CUGGAGGCGUCCAGCAAGUGGCCCGAUGAUCCCGAGGCGCUGCGCCUCACGCGCCACGCCUUCUGCCUGCAGAUCGCCAGCAGUCUGCAGGAGGCACAUGGAGUGGCAGUGGAGGCAGCGAGGGGCGCCGUGGAUGUGAUGGUUGAUGGAUUCGCCUUCCGCCUCGUGCUGCUGCAUGACUAUGUCCCACCAGCCGAAGACACUCAUCGCACGCUGCAGCACCACAGCACGCUCAACGGGCUCACCGGCCGCCACCCCACCUUUGGCCCCAUUGCAAGGCUUGCAAAGCGGUGGGUUGCAGCUCACCUCUUCUCGUCGCACCUCAAGGAGGAGGCGGUGGAGCUGCUGGUCGCUCACACCCUCGUUGCCCCCAACCCCCUGCUGCUGCCUGCCCCCAAGUCAAGACUCGCUGGCCUGCUCAGGUUCUUCCGCCUCGUGGCGUCGUACGAUUGGCUGUCGCAGCCGCUCAUAGUGGACGUGAACAGUGCCUUCUCUCCUGAAGACGUGCAGCAGAUCCAGGCUCGUUUUGACGAGCGCCUACCACCCCACAGAGACACCCUUGGCAGUUCAGCACGCAGCGUGGCAAAGCGGCUCAAGCAGAGCGCGGCAGAGGGAGGGAAGGAGGGCGAGGGGGAGAAGGAGCGGCGCCCCGCCAUGUGCAUCGCCACGCCGUACGAUCGUGACGGCGCCAUGUGGACACAUCAUGGACCGUCCGUUGAGGCUCUGGAGCGUCUGUGCGCCUUUGCGCAGAGCGCGGCACAAGUGUUGGAACAGCCGAUUGCAGGGGAUGGGGAGGAGGGGGAGGAGAAAGGGAGAAAGGGAGGAGGCAAGGGGAAGGAGGGAGGCAGUGAGAAGCACAGGGCGGUGCAGUGGAAGUCACUCUUCCUCUCACCGCUCUCCACCACAUUCGACCUCAUCAUCCGCCUGGACCCUGCCUCCCUCCCCCACCACCACCGUGUGCUCUUCCCCGCCCACAAGGCUCUGAGCACGGCCAAGGGCUGGUUGCAAGUGCCAUCCUCCCUCGCUCCUGCCGACCCCUCUUCCUCAACCGCCCUCGCCCCCUCUCUGCACCGACUCGCCUCUGCCGGGCCUCCACUGCUCAUCGGCUUUAAUCCCACGGCUCUGCUGCUCACACACUUGCAGGAACGGUUUGGCUCGGUGCUCACGUUCUUUUAUGACGGCCUGUGUGGGAGCGAGGUGAUCGGUGCCACGUGGCGCAUUCCGAUUGGUGCAUCUGCUGAUGGUGGUGCUGCUGCCCCGUGUCUUCCCCACCGGGCCCAGCAAGCCCACCUGCUGCCGUGCUCCCCGCAGUCCGCGAGAGAGGUAGGACGCUCACUCGACGUUCAGAGAGAGGGACGGUACAAGCUACUGUGUGCUUAUAUGGUGGGGUACGCACAGCAGUGUGAAACAGAGGUACGGCGAGUGAGGAUUUCAAGGCAUAGCAGUGUUCCACACUCUCCCCUUGAUUCCACCGUCUCCCCUCCCUUCCACCGUCUCCCCUCCCUUCCACACUCUCCCCUCCCUACCACACUUCCCCCUUCACCCUCCCGCCAAUCCUGCAAUGCUUAUCCUUUCUCUCCCUCCCUCACGAUCCCCUCUCACCAGCUGCUCUUUCCUCCCCUCACACUCUGCACGCACCAGCUGCCAUGCGGAGUGGUCAAUGUUGCUGCCAUCAUCGAUGACAUCAACAUCAUGGGUGCCGGCCUUGUGGCGUCUGUCCAUGUUCGGCAAUAA